AUGCGUCAAAUAUUUGAAGCCGUUCAUUACAUUCAUGAUCGUGGUAUAAUUCAUCGUGAUCUAAAACCUCAUUGUGUUUUAUUAUCAUCCAAAGAAAAUGCAGCACCAGUUAAAUUAGGUGGUUUUGGUGUUGCAUUACAAUUACCUGAAUCUGAUUUAAUUCAAGCUAGUCGUAUUGGUACACCGGCAUUUAUGGCACCGGAAGUUGUUAAUAAGGAAUCACCAGGUUUUGGUCGUCCGAUUGAUAUGUGGGCAUUAGGUGUUAUGUUGUAUGUUCUUUUAACUGGUACAUUACCAUUUGCCGGUACAAGAAAUCGAGUUUUUGAUAUGAUCACAAAAUGUGUUUAUAGUACGAAAAGUAAACAAUGGGAACAUAUAUCUGAAUCAGCUAAAGAUCUUGUUACUCGACUAUUAUGUUUAGACCAAAACGAAAGAAUAACGAUUAAAGAAGCACUUACACAUCCCUGGAUUCGAGAACGUGAAAAAUUUGCCUUAAGAAAACAUCUACCUGAUACUGUUGAAGAACUACGUAAAUUUAAUGCACGACGUAAAUUAAAGGGUGCUGUAUUAGCAGCUGUGUCAAGUCCUCAUUGGUCACAAAUACCAAUUUUUUCAUCGAUGACAAUAACAAAUCUAUCAUCAAAUAUGAUGAAAGAUAUGACAACAACAACUUCAAAUGAUUUUGAUGAUAUGGCAUCAUCCGCUGUUUCACAAAUCCUCGAUUCCUUAGAAGAUACUCAAUGGUUAACUAUUGGUGAUCGUGUUGAACUUGAUUUUCUACAAAAAUUAUUUGAAGAUAAACAAUUACAAACUUUACUUGAAUUAUAUGAUCGUAUUAAUUCGGAUGAUAUUCGUCCAUAUAAUAUUCCUGACUCAAAUGCUUUGCAAAUUGUCUCUGAUAUUAUUACAUUAAUUGAACAAAACUCUUAUCAACAUAAAUCAUCAAAUGUUCAGGACCUUCUUAAUAUUUUACUUCAACCACAUUUACAGGCUCUUCUACAAGCACAUGACGUUGUUGCACAUGAAGUCUAUGGUGAUGAUGCUAUACGUAUUACACCGCCAUGUAUUGGAAACAAUACAAUAGCAUCAGAAUCUGGCCUUGAUAAUGAUUACGGUGGUCACAAUGGUAGUGCAUCAAAUGAAGUCGGUGAUGACAGAUUAAGUGAUUUACCAUGUGACGUAACACGUGUACGACUUGUUCAAUUUCAACGUAAUACUGAUGAGCCACUGGGUAUUACAUUGCGUAUGACAGAAAAUAAACGAUGCAUUGUGUCACGUAUUCUUAAUGGUGGUAUGAUACAUCGACAAGGUACAUUACAUGUAGGUGAUGAAAUCAAAGAAAUUAAUGGACAAACAGUUUCUAAUCAUCCAAUUCAAUAUUUACAACAAAUGCUGAGAGAUGCACGUGGUAGCAUUACAUUUAAAAUUGUACCUAGUUACCGCAGUCAACCACCACCUUGUGAUAUAUAUGUAAAAACAUUAUUUAAUUACGAUCCAAAAGAUGAUGAUUUAAUACCAAGUGCUCAAGCAGGUAUAAAAUUUUUCAUUGGUGAUAUAUUACAAGUAAUAUCAAAAGAUGAUCAUAAUUGGUGGCAAGCUAAAAAAAUUAUUUCACAUCCUAAUUCUAAUGAACAAACAAUAAAUUAUUAUCAUAGUGAUUAUAAUAAUUUACCAGCUGGUUUAAUACCAUCACCAGAAUUACAGGAAUGGAGAAUAGCUACGAAUGCUAUUGAAAAAGCUAGAGAUGGAACUGCUAAUUGUGGUGUAUUUGGUCGAAAACGUAAAGUAAUGAAAGAUAAAUAUUUAGCAAAGCAUAAUGCUGUCUUUGAUCAACUUGAUUUGGUGACAUAUGAAGAAGUUAUUCGAUUACCGGAAUUUCGCCGAAAAACACUUGUUUUACUUGGUGCACAUGGUGUUGGUCGUCGUCAUAUAAAAAAUACAUUAAUAACAAGUCAACCAAAAUAUUUUGCUUAUCCGAUUCCACAUACAACACGAUUACCAAAAAAAGAAGAAGAAAAUGGAAAAAAUUAUUAUUUUGUAACACAUGAAGAAAUGAUGCGUGAUAUAGCUAAUAAUGAAUAUCUUGAAUAUGGUACACAUGAUGAUGCUAUGUAUGGAACAAAACUUGAAACAAUACGUAAUAUUAAUCGACAAGGUCUUAUGGCUAUACUUGAUGUUGAACCACAAGCAUUAAAAGUUUUACGUACAGCGGAAUUUGCACCAUAUAUUGUUUUUAUUGCUGCACCAGAUCUUUCACAAAUUAAAGGCGUUAAUGAUGAUAGUUUAGAAAGAUUAGUAAAAGAAAGUGAACUUCUUCAACAAGCCUAUGGACAUUAUUUUGAUCUCGUUAUUGUUAAUAAUGAUAUUGAAGAAACAAUACGCACAUUACAACAUGCUAUUGAACGAGUUAGUUUACAACCUCAAUGGGUACCUGUUAGUUGGGUGUAUUAA